AUGUCUAGAAAGGGAUCUUCAAGUCGUGGAGCAGUGGACCCGAUGAGGCAGACAAGUUUAACAAGUUUCGUAUCGAAACUUGCAAAAACAACGGAAUCGUCAAGUGCUUCGUGCGAAAGUGAUCCAAUCAUAACUUCGACAACUUCCAGCGAGCAAGCAGCAAUCAAUUACUCUCCUAGCAUAUUUAGACCAAAAGUUCCCGUGUCGCGUUCAACCGCCUCCAUAAUAAACCUUAUUCACAGUGAUUCGGACGAUGCUAGUAGGUCGCCUUCGAAACUCUCGCCCGUUGAACGGAAGCGGCUUCCGCCAAGAAACAUUUUCAUGGAUGAAAUCAGUAAACAGACUAGCUCAAAGGGCAGUACGGAUGGGUUCGACGAAUUCGAUCGGAUGGUGGAAAAUGGUAACGCAGCACUAAAGCCGAUCAAUUACGAUCCGAUCGAGCUAAACCUGGCCAACGACUCACGGUACCGGGAAGCGACAAAGAAGCUGGAAGAGAAUCUUCACAAGCUUAGCAAGAGCAGCCCAGUGAAACUGCCCAGUAGGUUUGAGUACAAACAGCCCAAGGCCAGCGGGUCUCGUGUUUCGUUGGAACUGCGCUCCGACAACGUUUUCGGAGGGUCGUUUAACGAUAUUCCCGAAGAAGACGAUGUGUUCGAACGAAAGAAUAAAACACAUUCCACCUCGACCCCGGUCGGAAGUAGCUCGUCCACAAUGGGUAGAGGUGAACCAUCGGUGGUGAAUCGACUGCCACCCGGCAAUGUGUCCGAGUUGGAGCGUUUACUGAGCCCCAGCAAGAACAAACCGCACCAUUUCUGUUUUGACGAAGUGGAUGAGUACGUUCAAGAGGUCACGGCGAAUGAAGCGUUCAAACCGAAAAGCCUGCAUGAGCGUGACAUCCGCCAGAAUGCACCAUUUCUUCAGGAAACUCAGCUGGGACUGCUGCAGCGGUUCUAUGAGCUCUUUUCGCAGGUUCCAAGCGAGUGUUUUCGGGUGUUAGAUUCCAACUUCAACGUAGAAAGUUUCGAGCGACUGAAGACAACCAUCGAGAGUGUUCAAGGGAAGGUUAAAGUGAACGAGCGAGUGUUGGGAAAUAUGCGCCGGUUAUCAUCGAAAAACAAGCAGUCCAAACCGUCAGCCAUUGCACUGGACGAGGCGCCUAAGAAGCGUACCGGAUCGGCGAUUGGUUCGGAAUACAAUUCCAUCUCAUACGAACCACCCUUCGACCCGGAUGACUAUCCCGAUGAUGAUGCGGACAUCAUCGAAAGCACUCCACCGCGAAAGGAGUCGAAAAGGACGGAGCAAGUGGUCAUGUCGGAAGCGGAAUUUGAUCUCAUCGAACAGGAAUACGCCCGAAGUGGGUUGGACGAGCAGGCCGAUUUCGUCCCAUCUUCCCUAACAUCAAGGUCUGCUACGCUCGGUACACCCGGGUCGAUUGGUGUUGCACCUACAAAAUCCACCGGUGGUUCGUUGUUUGUGUUUAAAAAACCUAUCGCUGGAACGUUGCUUAACAAUUCCGAUGCCACGCUCAUGAACAACAGUAGCUCAAAAAGGAAAGAUACAUCGCCAUUCAAAGCGGCCAAUGUUAUCGACGACGAUGAUGAUGAUCUGGUGGCCGAUGAUGUUAUUAUGAAUAGCCUACGGGAGGCCGAACUGGCCGAUCAAGGACGAUCGAUGCAACAGCCAAACCUUAGUGCGAUCGAUCUCAUCACUCCGGACACAUCGUUGCGAAGGGUGGAUCCAGCACCACCGAGGAUAACCUUCCCGGUCGAACCGGUACCACCACCUGUGGUCGUUCGGGAUACGCAAUUUAUCGAAAACGUCCAAACCCAACUCGACGACGAUGGUUGGCAGGUUUACGAUCCGUCCAUGUUCAACGACUCUUUGGAUGAAUCGUGCAUUAUGGAAUCGAUUCCGGGUACUUCUUCGUCCGCUUCUACCGGCAUACAGGCACCCGCGAACAGUGGAGUAGGCCGGUUUCAUGAAGGUGUCCGUAACGAUGGCAUUACGGGCGAGUUCGAUGGCAUGUCCUAUCCACACUCGACCCGGCUACAGAUGGUGUUCAAGGAGACGUUCGGUUUGCGUACCUUCCGACCCAUCCAACUGCAGGUCAUUAAUGCAACGCUGCUCGGAAAGGACUGCUUCGUGCUGAUGCCAACGGGGGGAGGGAAAUCGUUGUGUUACCAGCUGCCAGCGAUGCUCACCGCCGGCCUUACCAUCGUCGUUAGUCCGCUGAAGUCGCUCAUCCUCGAUCAGGUGCAAAAGCUAAACUCGCUUGACAUCCCGGCGGGCCACUUAUCGGGUGAAGCAUCGGCGGCUGAUGUGCAGCGGAUCUAUGACGACCUGUACAGUAGCUGCCCGGAACUGAAGCUACUCUAUCUUACGCCGGAGAAAAUUUCCUCCUCAGCCAAACUGCAGAAUCUGCUCAGUGCACUGCAUCGCCGGGGGUUGCUCGGGCGUAUCGUGAUCGACGAGGCACACUGUGUGUCCGCCUGGGGUCACGACUUUCGACCGGACUACAAGAAACUCUCCGUGUUGCGCCAGCAGUUCCCCAACGUUCCGAUAAUCGCCCUCACUGCCACCGCUAAUCCACGCGUGCGGAUGGAUGUGCUCGCACAGCUGAAGCUAGCCCGUGACACACGCUGGUUCCUUUGCAGUUUCAACCGGCCAAACCUCAAGUACCUGGUGCUGCCGAAGAAGGGCGCCUCGACCAAGACGGACAUGAUCGAGCUGAUUCGGAAGCAGUUUCCACGCGACACCGGUAUCGUCUACUGCCUGUCGAAGAAGGAAUGCGAUCAGCUGGCGGACGAGUUCCGACGGUCGGGCAUACGGGCGAAAAGCUACCACGCCGGGCUGAGCGAUAGUGUGCGUGAGGCGACGCAGAAGGAGUGGAUCGGCGAUCGAAUCAAGGUGGUAUGCGCCACCAUUGCGUUCGGGAUGGGCAUUGAUAAACCCGACGUUCGGUAUGUGCUUCACUUCUGCAUGCCCAAGUCGAUCGAGGGCUACUAUCAGGAGUCGGGACGGGCGGGACGCGACGGUGAGACGGCCACCUGUAUUCUCUACUACAACUACUCGGACAUGCUGCGCUACCGGAAAAUGAUGGACAAUGACACAACGAUUUCGCUGGAGGCGAAACAGAUCCAUUUGAACAACCUCUUCCGUAUGGUAAACUACUGCGAGAAUGUGACCGACUGUCGGCGGACGCAGCAGCUCGAGUACUUUGCCGAGCAUUUCACCAGCGAGCAGUGCCUGGCGAACCGGGAGACGGCCUGCGAUAACUGUCUGAUGCAAGGCGAGUAUCGCACGCUGGACGUGACGAACGACUGCAUCAUGAUAGCGAAGGCCGUCCGCGAUUUGUGCGGUGGCCGGAACCGCUUCACCUUACUGCACCUGGUGGAGAUACUCAAGGGAAGCGAAAACAAGAAAGUGCUCGAAAACGGCCACCAGCGGACGGAGUACCACGGGAAGCUGAAAAGCUGGGAACGUUGCGAUAUUCAGCGGUUGCUACGGAAGCUCGUGAUCGAAGAGUACCUAAAGGAGGAUCUGAUCUUCAGCAACGAUAUCCCGCAGGCGUACCUGAAGAUCGGCAGCAAGAUCGAGACGCUGGUAGGGCGCCGUGUGCGCAUCGACUUCUCGAUCAAGGAGAAGCGGCAGGCCCGUGGCAAGGUUACCGCAACCACCACGGCUACGAAUGCUCGGGCUGCUGCUACGGAUACGCAGAUCGGUGCGAAUCUGCGGGAUCUGCAGACGCGCUGCUACAACGAUCUGCUCGAGAUCUGCCGUGCGAUCGCGAUGCAGAAGAACGCCACGCUCGCCUCGAUCAUGAACAUACAGGCGCUGAAGACGAUGUCCGAGAAGCUGCCAGAGUCACCGGCCGAAAUGCUCGCCCUACCGCACGUUACCAAGGCCAACUUCGAAAAGUACGGCAAGCAGCUGCUGGAAAUUACCCAGAACUAUGCGGCCGAAAAGCUCUGCAUGAUGAUGGACACGCAGGAGGAACAGGAGGCGGCGGUUGGUCCCUUCGAACUGUCCGAUGGUGACUCGAGCGAUGUAGAGGAAGGCGCAGACGGUACCGACUGGGGAUCGCUGGCCAGGGAAGCAUCACAAGCCAACACUAGCGGGCGGGGCGGUGGUGGUUAUAAGCGAAAACGUAGCUGGGGGACGGGGGCCGGCGGUAAUGCUAGGACGAAAAAGUUUCGCAAAGGGACCGGUCGACGGAAAUCUGCUGCCAAAUCGACGCCGGCACGGAAAACCGCAGCCAGUACAUCGAAACGGGGUGCAGGAGGGGCCGGAAGCAGUAGUCGAGGUGGUAGGGGUCGUGGUGGUGGAUCUAGGGCACCGCCGGGGCAUGAAGGCGGCGGAUUCGGGUUACUUCCGAUGCCAGGUGGCUAUUGACAGCUUGCGAAUGGACUCGAUAUUAAAUGUGUUAUACUUCUUAAUUUUUGUUUAUUUUUGUUAAAUAAAAAUGACAAACAU